CCGGAAUCUCGGAUGGAAGAUUGUCAGCCCAGAGACAGCCAUGGAUCUCGAGUCCCCUUCCCGGACCGAGUCUGAGUACUGGUCCGAGUCGGCCAGCGGUGCUAGUAGAGCUGCUGUGGAGGAUUUGCCCUACUCGUUCCCCCACCCUACUGGGCUGUUACUCACAGGUGCCUUUCAUGUUACAGAAAAGAUGGAGAAAAGGACUUGCGCACUCUGUCCCAAAGACCUUGAAUAUAGUGUUCUAUACUUUGCGCAAUCAGAGAAUAUAGCUGCUCAUGAAAAUUGUUUGCUGUAUUCUUCAGCACUUGUGGAGUGUGAGGAUCAUGAAUCUCAUAAUGGUGACAGAAGUUUUGAUGUAGAAUCUGUAAAGAAGGAAAUCUAUAGAGGAAGGAAGUUGACGUGCAAAUUUUGUCAUAAAAAAGGAGCAACUGUGGGAUGUGAUAUAAAAGCCUGUUCCAAGAAUUACCACUUUUUCUGUGCCAAGAGUGACCACGCUGUUCUACAAACUGAUGGAUCUCAAGGAAUUUAUAAAGUGUUUUGCCGACAACAUGCUGCAUUGAGAGGCAUUCAAAAUGAUAAACUUUCAGGAGUGAAAAGAAAAAGAAUGAAGAACUGCCUCUCAUCAAACAUUUGUGUACAGACACCUGCAGAAAUGACAAUCAAUAGAUUUUUAAAACAACUGAAGAAAAAGGAUGAAACACACACAGAUGCAGCUGUGAAAGUUGCUUUUCUUAAGAAAUGCAAGGAAGCAGGACUUCUUAAUGACUUAUUUGAAGCAAUACUAGACAAACUUCAUUUGAUUCAAGAAAGACUCAUGGAUGAGACUACUUCAGAAUCAGACUAUGAAGAAAUUGGGACUUCACUUUUUGAUUGUACAUUGUUUGAAGACACAUUUUUUGAUUUUCAAGCAGCAAUAGAGGAUAAAAUACAUCAAUCUGAAGAAAGCCUGCAGCAGUUGAAAGAAGAGACUGAGCUACUUCAGGACUUAAAGCAAAACUUGUGUUCUAUUCAAAGAAAUAGAAACCUCAGGUCAAGUUCUACUGCAAUAUCUUCUCAAUCAUCUUACAAAUUUCCAAAGUCAGGAAAGCAGGCAUAGUUGCAAGCAGGCAGGCCACAUACGCCAACCAGUGAAAGCCACACAUCUUUAAGACUAGGUUUCUCUUGUUGCAUUAGUCUGCAGACUUCACUUCUCACUAGUUCUGAGUCUUACUGGUUGAGAUUUUGUGCCAGAUUGGGUGUUGAAUGCCUUCCUUAUCAUCAGGCCUACCUCUCCUCUCCCAUUUUUAAAUUUUACUUGAGUAUAUUGGAUAUGCCUCCCAUCUCUCCCACUCUCUGCACUGAAAAUCCUUUGGUAGCAUCCAUCUGGUGCAUGGUCUCUCACUUCUGCCCCCACUCGAGUGAUCCAAGUUGAUUCCAGUAACAGGCCAGGCGCUGUGCCCCAGGUGAUUGCACAUCCUGUUGUGAUGUCCGAACUGCUGUGCCUCAGGUCUCACCUCCCAGUUUCCCAAUUACUACAUCUAAGGAUACUUUUCCUCCACAGCAAUACUCAGUGCAAUCCACUGUUUCUUAUGCCACACUGUUAAAGAGUAUAAGCUCUUGGAGGCCAGGAACUCACUAUUCCCAGAAUGCUCUAUAAAUAUCUAUUGAAUAGCUGAAUAAUAAAUGCAGAAGUUGUUAUUUUUAAGACUAGUUCCAGUUCAUAAUGACUCUUUAUAAAUUUGAAACUUCUACUUUUCUUGAAUCAAAUUUACCUCUCUUAUUGUCACAAAGUUUGCUUUUUAAAUUUCUUUUCAGACAGAUACUACAUAGGUAUACAUCAUCUUCAAAAUAAACAUUUAAAACUGGGUACCUCAGUAAGAAUAUCAGUGGGCAUAUGCAACAGUAAAAAACAAAACUGAGUUAGGAUUGUUUUCAAUCUAACAAUAUUUACACUUUUAUGUUCCAAAACCAUGUGUCACCCCUGAAAACCUCAUUCACACUUCUAAAUUUCUACCACAGUACUCUGAUUCAUAAUCAUGCUACAUUUCAAAUGAGUUUGACCUGACUCCCCAGCAUGAUGUCUGGGACAUAAGAAAUCAGAAAAUUUGACUGAAGAAAGAAUAUGCUAUAUAGAUGAAAAAAGAAUAUGACUAUUCCUAUUGCAACAGCAACUCUAGUCCAAGUUACAACCUGAGAAACAAAAUCUAAAUCAGUGGUUUUCAAAAUUUAAAUGACCUGUGGCACUUAAUCUAUAAAAGUGAAAACUCCAGAGUUUCCAGGCCCACUGAAGAUUUCCCCUGGUCUGAAUGAUUAUUGUAACUUUAACUUAGUCCACUGACAUUACAUCCUAUAGCAAAGCUUG